UCCCUGCUCCUCCCCUCUCUCACUCAGGCGUUCUGCUGGGCUCCCGUCCAAACAUUGACUGACUCCAGAGGACUCAAGUGGAGUCGAAGCACUGCAGCGCUUCCUGCCUGCUGGGAAAGACUAAUGUAGUGAGAUCUUAUUGAUCAUCUGUAUGGAAUUCUCUAUUUUUGCUGCUUCCUUUGAAAUCCCGGGGAAAAGCAUCCGACUCAACAUCCAGACAAACAAACAUAAGGACCAACAUAUGGAGAGCAGUGAGCAUUGCAGCGUGAACUGGACCUCUCCUCUCCCUGGUAACUAAGAGCAAGCGAGAAUAAUAGUCAGCGCUGUCCUCCCAGCUCGCUUGUGGGUGGAUGCGGCUUCCAGCAGACUGCUAUAAGGGAGCAAGGAGACUGUGAGGAAGUGAAGAGAGCUGCAAUGAUCAGCCAGAAAUGGACCGUUACCUUCCAGGGGAUCCAUUUUGCAUAGUUUUGAUCAAGAUCCGCUAUUAAUCGUUCAGUUUAUUAGCUGGCGUUAAGCAUCCCUCGCAAGCUUGCUUUGUAGAUGAACGUGAAGGUUGUUUCGAAGAUGACGGGAGGCUGCGUCAGGACCAGCUUUUUGGCACUAAUAAUGUGUUUGGUGCCGAAGACAGUUGAUACCGACAACAGUGUUUAUCCCAGAAUAAGGCUCUCACACAAAGAACUCUGGCAAUUGAACAGAACCUGGGUUUUUCAAGUCAACGGCGUCCCUCUUCAGCCCCAGACCAUGCUGUUGGAUGAAGGCCACGAGAGGCUUUACGUCGGGGCCAAGAAUACCCUGUUCUCCCUCAGCCUGGACCAGGUCGACAUGCACCACAGCGAGAUCCAGUGGGCCAGCACCGAAACGCAAAUAGAGGAAUGCUUGAUGAAGGGGCGGGAAAAGAUGGAGUGCGCAAAUUACAUCAAGGUCUUGCAGCAGUACAACCAGACACAUCUUUUGGUCUGUGGGACCGCAUCGUUUAACCCCAUCUGCGCACUUGUUCAUGUGGGACACAGAGGAAGGGACAACCUAUUCAUUCUGCAAGAGGAAAGCAUUUCAAGUGGGAAAGGCCGGUGUCCGUUCAACCCCAACAGUCCAUGCACCUCUACACUCUCAGGUGGAGAGCUGUACAUUGGCCUUUACACGGACUACUGGGAGAAUGAUGCUGCUUUGUGUCGACUAAAUAACCGCACCUAUACGCGCACUGAGAGGGACGACAGGCAGCAACUAAAUGAGCCGAGAUUUGUCGGUUCAGCGCUUAUUCCCGACAACGACGACAAAGAUGAUGACAAAGUUUACUUCUUCUUCACCGAACGUGAGGUGGAUGCAGAAGGCGUCAACAAGGCCGUCUACACCCGCAUCGGACGAGUCUGUGCGAAUGAUCAAGGGGGGCAGCGGAUGCUGGUCAAUAGAUGGAGCUCCUUUCUGAAAACUAGACUAAUUUGCUCCGUGGCUGGACCCGAUGGCAUUGAUACUCACUUUGAUUUACUUGAGGACGUCUACGUGCUCAAGAACAAGGAUGGGAAAAACCCAGAAAUCUUUGGUCUCUUUAGCACAACAAGUGCUGUGUUUAAAGGCUAUGCAGUUUGUGUCUACCACAUGGACGACAUCAGAGCAGCAUUUAAUGGUCCGUUUGCCUUCCGGGAAAGACCUGAGCAUCAUUGGACUCCUUCUGAGGACAGAGUCCCUUACCCACGACCUGGAUCUUGUGCCAGCAAAGUCAACGGCGGAGGCUUCUCCAGCUCCAAGGAGUUUCCCGAUGAGGUUCUUCGCUUUGUGCGCUCUCACCCAGUCAUGUAUCGUCCAGUUCUUCCGCAACGUCAAAGGCCGGUCUUCCUGCAGACUGAGCCGAGCAGGAGAAGGUUGACUCAGAUUGCGGUGGACAGGGUCCAAGCCCAGGAUGGACCUUAUCAUGUUCUUUACAUUGGGACAGAUGACUCACUAGUUCUCAAAGUUAUCACAAUCUACAACAAAGACGCGGACACAAUAGAAGAAGUGCUGCUGGAGGAACUUCAAGUUUUUGAGUUUCCAACACCAAUAAAAGAGAUGAUUAUAUCACCUAAAAGGCAACAUUUGUACGUGGGCUCCGAAGCAGGCGUUGCUCAGGUCAAACUGCACCAGUGCGCCCUCUAUGGCUCUGAAUGCGCCGAUUGCUGCCUGGCUCGAGACCCUUACUGCGCUUGGGACGGUCUCACCUGCUCUAGCUACUACCCGGGUGGAGUGUACACCAAAAGCAGACGAUUCAGGCGACAGGAUAUUCGUCAUGGCAACGCCGUCCAGCUGUGCAACGGCCUGCAAAUUGAUGAUGAACAAUGGCACAAAUCCGAGGAGAAGACUGUGUAUGGUGUCGAAGGCAACAGCACAUUGCUUAACUGUGUCCCUCGAUCUCUUCACGCCAAGGUGCUCUGGUUCAUACAAAAUGGGGACAACAAACAAGAGGUUCACGAAGACGAGCACGUGAUCUGGACUCCGCAAGGGCUUCUUCUUCUUAGCGUCCGUAGCUCUGACGCCGGCGUGUACGUCUGCCAGACAGUGGAACACGGCUACGUGCACACCCUAUUACGCGUCACCCUACACGUGCUCAGCGGGGACGCUUUGGACCACGCUAUCAAGCCUAACCAUGACAAAACCGGAGCCCCAUGUCAGUCCCAGGCCAACCCCUCCACACGCCCAAAUUUCAGCCCCAGAGCUGCUUUGCCCGGCCCCCAUUCCAGGCAGUGGUACAAGGAGUUCCUCCAACUGGUCGACUACAGGGACGCCCAAAGAGUGGAUGAAUACUGCGAGAGGGUGUGGUGCCCCGAUAAGAAACGUAAAAAGAGCAAAAAGAAAUUUGUCUCUUCCAGAGGUGAGAAGAAAGCUAAAAUCAGGGUGGCUGAAGGUAGCCAACGUGCUCCCAGACACACGUUAGACACCUGAGAGCAGACACACCCACUCGCACUCACGCAAACACACCACACACAUCACUUCCUUAGUGGAUUUAGUAGGAUUUUGUACAAAACAAAUAUAUAAAAAUUAAAAUUAACGCAGAUGAUUGCAUUCUAACGCCUUUUAAAAGACUUGGCUAGCCAAUUACAGGAAAUAUUCACACUCAUAACAGGACAAUUUAGGGUCUUCAAUGAAACAAAUAUGCAUGAUUUUCAAGAGUGCUUGAAGAACAAGCCAAGGUUCUUCAGACACAUUUCGCAUUGUGACUAAAUUAGACAAAACUAGCAUUGCUGUAGCUCAAUUUAGCUUAGCAUAGUUCAUCCAUUUUCUAUAGUGCUUAAUCUUAUUGGACUUAUAGUUGUUCCACAAUGCUUCCAAUUGUAAUUUCAUGACAAAAAGACCAUGAUUGUGACGCAGGAUAGCUGCACUUUGACGUUUUGUACUCUUCCUACUAAAUUCCAGCGGUAGCCGUUACAUAUUGACAUUUAGUUCGAUGAUGCAGUUUUCAGACUGACUUUGAAAAGAUAUGCAGCGCUUGCCUUUUUGUGUUCUAUCAAGUGAUGAUCUGUCACCGACGGGCUGUCGGUCAGCGGUGCGAAAAACGAGGGCCUCCCUCCUCGGAGGCUAGGGGGCAAACAGUAAUUAGGUGACAAGGACGUUGAUUUGCGGGGACAAGACACUGUAAAUACAAGCUCCCGUGAUCUGAACCCCGCCGUCAAUCCCAAUGCACUCAGUGGUCUCUUUGCAACUGUACUCGUGCUGUGAACGCACUGCAUGUGUAUCUCACUGUAUCUGUCAUGACAGAAAAAAAAUGUCUCUGGAAAAAUGAUUAGGAGCCCAAAAUUACUCUGAACAUUUUGCCAGUUUUUGAAAAUAAAUGCUCAAAUUGACAGUAUUUGGACUUCAAAAGGUUGGUGGUUAAUGGCAUAAAAUAAAAUGUUCAAUUUACUGAAAUUCAUAUGGUGGGUCAAGUCUACACACUAUUUUCAAAUGCCAGUUAUUAUAAGUAUUUAUGUAUAUGUUUGGUCUCUAGUAGAAGCAUAUGGAAGGUUUUAUGCAGCGUGGUUUUUGGCAGUGCUUUUAAUUUUCAUCUUAAUCUUUGUCUUUUGAAUAAAAAUACUUAUUAGUCUAGUCUUAGUCUAGUUUUUAUCAAUGCAAACUGUAAAUGUUUAGUCUGUAAAAUUAAAGUUUUAGUCUGAAAAUAAAUAAAUAAAUAAAUUAGUGUUGUCAAAUGAUUAAAAUUUUUCAUCGGGUUGAUUACAGUUUAAAAAUUAAUUAAUCGUAAUUAAAUGCAAUUCAAACCAUGUAUAAAAUAUGCCAUAUUUUUCUGUAAAUUAUUGUUGAAAUGGAAAGAUAAGACACAAGACGAAUAUAUACAUUCAACAUAUGGUCCAUAAGUACUGUAUUUGUUUAUUAUAACAAUAAAUCAACAAGAUGGCAUUAACAUUAUUGACAUUCUGUUAAAGCAAUCCAUGGAUAGAAAGACUUGUAGCACUUAAAACAGACAUGUCCAAAGUCCGGCCCGGGGGCCAAAUGCGGCCCGUGGUCAAAUUUCAUCUGGCCCCCAGCCUCUGUCAUAAAAUCAAUAACGUCUGACCCGCACACAGACUUGAUAAAUUGGUCAGCAGUACUGCUACCAGAAUAUGAAGUAGCUUACACACUAAAUGCUGCUCCUCAUUUACCCACUAAAAGGCAGCAGCACUCUAAGCUACAUUACCCCGUGUGACCCUUUACUUCCAUUUUUUUUCUAAAAUGACGAUAAUCAACAAAAAAAAGAAAGUUGACUGCGACGGCCGACGCUUCUAGGAUAGGUGGAAAUUAGACUAUUUCUUCACUAAAAUAUGCAAAAUCUGUGUAUGCUUAUUUGCAAAGAGACAGUCGCUGUUUUGUUUUUAGUUUUUACCAAACUAGACACGCUGAAAUGUGCGACAACAUUACAGGGAAGAUACGCAGCAAGAAAUUAAAGCAACUUGAAGCUAGUUUAAUUUCACAGAGUCAGUAUUUCGCAAGAGCUCGAGAGUCGAAAUUGCGAGAAUGUUGAAAUUAUUCAUUAAAAAAAAUAAUGAAGCAAAUGUGACAUACAGAAUGGCUUGCUAAAAUUUGCUUAAAUAUAUUGUUCUCUGUAAAGGACGUCAGCUGAGGUCGGCCCCCCACAUUUUUACCUCACAAAAUCUGGCCCACAUUACAAAAAGUUUGGACACCCCUGACUUAAAAGAUACAUUUUAGUACGAGUUAUAGAAAUUUUAUUUUAAAACCCCUCUUAAUGUAUUUGUUUGAAUAAAAUUUGUAAAAUUUUCAAUCAAAAAAUAAACUAGUAGCCAGCCAUUGUUGAUGUCAAUUAUUACACAAUGCUCAUGGGUCGCACCCAAGCACCAGCAGAGGGCGACAAAACUCCAAAAAACACAAGUAACAAGUGGCGAUAAGGCUGUACUGUCAUUUUAAUCUGUUUGAGCGGGGCAUGUGCGCUAAUUGAGUCAAAUAUUUUAAAGUGAUUAAUUGAAAAAAUUAAUUACCGCCCGUUAACGCGAUAAUUUUGACAGCCCUAAAAUAAAUGAAUAAAUAAAUAGGUAAAGCUUUCCAAAAAUUUCAACAUUGACAGACGAGAAUAUAUUGUAGCGUCUACAAGGACAUCGACUUCCUGGUGGCAAUACACACUCAGUAACAAAACAGUAUAUAACUUUCAAAUAAUUAUACUCACCUGGACGCCACGUACUGUGUGUAAAAAAAAUGUUGUCCGAGAGUUUUAGCACCAGCACAAGUCUAAUGCUAACAUGAAUGCUAUGCUAACUAGGGGUCGGAACUUCUUGGUACCUCACGGUACGAUUUGCGAUGCAAAUCUCACGAUAACUAUCUCACGAUAUGGCAAUAUGACAAUUAUUGAUACAUUUGUCAGGAAAUCUUCUCUAAAACAGCUAAUAAACAGAAAAAUCAGCUAUCUUAAUCUUUCUGCUGUAAGUUUAUCACUACCCACAUAGCAGUCCGACAUUGAAUAAACGUUGAUUUUUCCGUCAAAAUCAUCAGUAUGGUUGACAUCGAAAUUUUUGACGUCAAGUGAUGUUGAAACAACGUUGUGGUAUGUCAGGCGAUGGUUGGGUUAACAUUGUUUUAUAGUUGAUCAACUAGUUGAUUUAUGAUUGACCGGGUAAUAUGAUUGAAACGUCACUGAAUUAUGGAUGAGUGUGUGUUUUGGUCGAAAACAUAACAUUGAUUCAGCGUUGUUCCAAUAUUAUGAAUAAUCGAAAUGAUGUUUAAAUUUGUAAGGAUUUCAAUGCUGGAACAACAUUGAGAGUGCAAAAGUGACGUUGAUUCAACGAUAUAAGAUCGACAGCGGAAUGUUUAUCCAACAUCUUUUCCACGUCGGUCUGCUAUCUGGGUAGUAUACAUCCAAUCAACGAAUUGGGAGGGUGGCAGUGAAUGACUAACUAUGGGCAGUAGGCGAGGUACACCCUUAAUUGUUUGCCAGCCAAUCGCAGUGCACAAGGAGAAACACAGGAGCCCGGGAUUGAUCCCUUGAUCUCAGAACUGUGAGGCGGACAUGCUAAUCACUCUGCCACCAUGCCGGCCUAGAUUAACAUUAGCCAUAUUAUGGCUAAUUGCAUUGUGAUGCCCCACUAGAUGAUUUAUUUUUUGAUAAUGCUGCCAUAACAAAUCCCAAAAAUCUUAGUUUAGAGACACUAAAUGGCCAAUAGGCAUAACUGCAGUGCUAAGCUGUAACCAGCCCUUGUACAAAGGCAGAAGGCUUCUACAUUCACUUUGAAGGCAACAUGCAUAUUGGCCCAAAAACGAUAAUGAAAAACCGUUGGUAACACUUUGUAAUAGACUAUCCGUUUUACUAGUUAAUAGAUCAUUAGCAAACUGUUGAUAAAUGAUUUAUUGUUGAUUUGUGAAGUAUUUGUUAACAGUUUGUUAAGCAUUUACAGGGUGUUCCAAUAUGGUUGACCCCAUUCUAAAUGCCCAUGCUAGUUGAUGGAUCUUAAUAAAACUAUAUACACUUUAUGUUGAAGGUCAUAAGUUUUAUUGGUUAAAUAUACGAAGAAAAUUACAAAUAUUUGUUCGGUUCUAUGGCAGAUUUUCAUAAAUGUGCAACAUGAGUGCUGCCUGCAAAAUGCUUUAUCAAAAUGCCUUUUCUUCUUUUUCUUAGCCUGAAAAGAUAGAAAUGCCAAACGCUACACGCAAAAACUUGAAACGUUUCAACACAAACUGUGUUUUAGGCUUAAGAACACCCUGUAAAUGCGUAACAAACUGUUAACAAAUACUUCACAAAUCAACAAUAAAUCAUUUAUCAACAGUUUACUAAUGAUCUAUUAACUAGUAAAACGGAUAGUUACUAUAAAGUGUUAUCAAACCGUUGUUGAUAUUAACACAUAUCUUUUUAAAAUGACAUACCCGACAAUAUCGGACCUCAUUAAUGUCCACCUAUGUGGACGCCAGGCCUCAAAGAGUAUUAUAUUAUUAUUUUAAAGAAUUGAACAAAGUCGUAUUUUUCAUAUUAUUAUUAUUUUUUUCAUCAUUAAAUUGAUAAAUUAAUAAAACGUUCAUAAAAUUAAAAUGAAGAAAAAAUAAGGUGUAGUUUUGGCCCCAAAAAAUACUGUAUAUUUCAAUUCAUUUAAACUGGGAGGAUUGGCUAUAAAUCUUUCAGAGUCAUUGAUGGUGCUAGAUGCCCAAUGUAUUUUGACUGGGGGGGCUGGCAGCGAUCAUACAUCUGUCUGUCAUCCAAUGAGUUUGUUUUCAAUAUCAUAAAAACUGGCGUUUGAAAAAGUGUGUAGAGAUUAUAUCCACUGUACCUGUAAAUAGCAAAUUAGACAAUUUUGUGGUUAUCUCUAGUUUUUCUCCAGAGCUGUACAUGUGUUAUAAGUAUAGGCCCUCUAUCAUUGUUAUAAUUUUAUGAUAUAAUUAUGCUGAUGUAUGACAAUAACUUAUUCUCGUUUCUGGGUUAUGUAGUUUUUAGACGUACAUAAACUGGAAAAAUGUAUUGCUGUUGAUAUUUGUGUUUGUGAUAUUACAAUUUGAAUGAUAAUGUACAGCCAAAAUGAUACAAAACCACUAUGAUCAAUACCGGAAACUUUUUUUUUUUUUUUUGUAUUCUCAACAUGAUCUGAUGAAAAUAAAAGACAGUUUAAGCACUUGUAAAAGCGG